AUGCCGACAACAGGACUGAACACCACUCCUCCCCACACCAACUCCUUCACUUUCCCGCCAUCCUGCGAUCUCAAGCCCGCCUUCUACGGCUACAGCAUCAACCACCUCUCCCUCGUCACCCCCAAUCUCACGCGAGCAUUAACGUUCUACACCCAAGCCCUCGGCCUCCAGCACAUCUUCACCUACAAUCCCAUCCCAAAAUAUCACGUUGCGUACCUAGGCCACGACACCGCGAAUUUCACCUCAUGCGCGGAAUUUGCGCAACGAAAGAACGAAGUUAAGGGACUGAUUGAGUUGAUCCAUCUGGAGGGCGCGACAAACCAUCCGCUCCCGGCGAUGAAGAAGCCGAAUACAUAUUCACAUUUCGGACUGGUUGUGCCUGAUGUGAAAGAGGCAGAGGGGCGGAUUGCUGCGUGGGGUGGCAGGGUGAUUAAGGGUGCGGGCGAGGAGACGGAUGUGACGAACAAUGAGCUAGCGAAUGCGUAUGGGCUUGGGGUUGAAGCGAUAGGGAGUUUGGAAGAAGGCGAGCUGGAAGCGAUUGUGGAGGCGUUUAGGGAUGUGAGGACGGGGGUGAUGCAGAGUGCGUUUGUGGGGGAUCCGGAUGGGAAUUUGAUUGAGCUCCAGCCGCCCGUGUUUGAGUGA